AUGUCUCUUUGGCUUCGUACUACUUCCAUCUGCUGCAUGAACGCUUCCUUCAGCCAAUGGGACUCCUUGCGAGGUUCGCAAGCAACUCCAACGCCUUUGAAGCAUCGCUCUGCCAUCGUUGCUUCCGCUGUUUCCGCCGCCGCCGCUGCUGUUCUUUCUAAGUCGCUUGUUCGCCCCGUAGCCCCGUCGAUUGGGCCUGAUGGCGUCGCCUUUUGGAUCGUUGCCUUACUGCCUGCGCUGUCUCUUCCUGCCGAUGUGGUACGAAUUUUGAUCGUUGACUUCGCUACUGAGAUCGAGCGGUUUGGCGCUGAAGAGGGGCCGUUAUCCGGUUCCACCACAAUCUUCGCCUCCACUGGUUCCGCCAUAACGGGAGACUACUAG